AAAUGCAGCUGGCCAACAAAGAGAAGGAAAAUGAAUUGAAUUCUGAGAUUCAAGAUUUGAAAGUUCGUAUUAGUAAUAAUGAAGAAAAAAUUGCUGCUGCUAAUAAAGAAUUAGAAUCUACUAAACAGAAAUUAGCUGAGGAGAAGGAAAAGGUGGCUACUCUUGAAAGAUCAUUCGCUUUAUCCAAAGAAGAAAUUAAAGUUGAGAAUGAAUCAAAGAUUAAGUUAUUGCAAGAAAAACUGUCGACAACAAAUGAAGAAUUAAUAUCCACAAAGCAACUGCUGUCUGAUAAAGAAGAAGAGUUGAAAGCACAAAGAGAUAUGACGGAGUCUAUCAAUGAGAAGUUAAAGAUGGAACAAAGGAUGACAAAAGCAAAGGACAGAGAAAUUGAUGAUUUGAGAACUAAGCUUCAAAAUAUAGAGCAGCACAAAAUGAUAAAAUUGGGUGAUUUUGAAGUCCGUUUUACCUCUCCAUCAGCAGAGCAGUGUCCAAAUCUCCUGACAAAGAUAAAGGACAAACAUCGACACGUUUACCUCAAUGAUUCAUCUUCUGAUGUUGCUCAGUUGCUGCUGAUACCUCUGUUGCAGAUGAAAAAUAUCAGCAGUUUGUAUAUUCACUCAACUCCAUUUACAUGUGACUUUGUUGAGUUCUUCUCAUCUCAAAUUUCAGAUAAUAACACAGUAGAGAGUUUGUAUAUCAAUCACAAUUCCAUUGAUGAUGAAGGGGUCAUUAUCCUAGCUCAAUUUCUAAAGCAUAACAAGAAGCUUCAGCACCUAUCACUUCAGUUCGAUACUGGAAUCACUUCAGUCAGCGUCCCAUCACUUGUUGAACUUAUAUGCAUCAACUCCACAUUGUCUGUUCUCAAUGUCUCUAACACUAGCAUUGAUACUGAGGGAGUGCUGGAACUGGCCGAGUCUCUCAAGUCGAAUGUAAGACUGGGAAAGAUCGUAGUAGAUGAGAAACACAAAGCAAUGUGCACUCCGUUAUUACUUGGUGCUAGACUAGCCUACUCCUAUGAUUCUACUCCUUACGAGCAGGCAGGCACUGCUAAAAAAUAAUACUUUGCCCCAUCAGUGUUCCAAAGUCUAUUUGUUUUAUUUUUAUUUUUGUAUUGUCUCCCCAGAUUUUCUUUGUCUUUGCCUUAAUUCUCUUACAUACCAAUUAUUAACACGUCA